AGCGGUGCAGGACAGUCGAGAGGAGCAGAGAGGAGAGGAGCAGUGCGGGAGAAGACGGUGUCAACCAUCCGUCAGCCAGCUGGAGGAACCCCACACUCACAAACCCCUUAUGGCUGCUUGAGAAAUAACGAUACACCCCCCCUCCCCCUUUCUCUCUCUUUCUCUGGGACUUUUUCGGGACUUUUUUUCUUUUUAGAAGUUGUCCAAGAAGUUGUUGCGCUUCAAAGUAGUUGAAAGUUGAGGAAAACAGUGAAUCCACUUGCCGUGGACGUCUCUGGCGGUCAUGGAUACCCAUAUAAGAUGGAAAGUUAAACGGAGGUUAAGGGACGUCCUGAUCACUUUAGCGGUGGUUCUGCUUUUUGUCACAUCGCAAGCAAGUUCAGCGGAACCAGCAGACCUCUUGAAGAUUUUAGAUUUUCACAGUUCACCUGAGGGUGUCACAAAAACAACGGGUUUCUGCUCACAUAGGAGGUCAACACAAGGACCCGAUGUGGCUUACAGAGUAUCCAAAGAUGCCCAGCUCAGCGCCCCAACCAAACAGCUGUAUCCAGGUGAUGUGUUCCCAGAGGACUUUUCCAUCUUGGCCACGGUGAAGCCCAGGAAGGGCAGCCAGUCCUUCCUGUUGUCUGUGUACAACGAGCAGGGCAUCCAGCAGCUCGGACUGGAAGUGGGACGAUCCCCCGUGUUCCUGUACGAGGACCACACGGGCAAACCCAGCCCCGAGGACUACCCCCUCUUCAGAGGAGUCAAUCUAGCUGAUGGAAAGUGGCAUCGACUGGCCAUCAGCGUGCACAAGCAGACCAUCACCCUCAUUCUGGACUGUAAAAAGAAGACCACCCAGAAGCUGCUCCGUAGCCCCAACCCCAUCAUCGAUACCAAAGGAAUUAUAGUGUUUGGAACCAGAAUACUUGAUGAAGAAGUCUUCGAGGGAGACAUCCAGCAGCUGAUGAUUGUAGCAGACCAUCGUGCUGCCUAUGACUACUGUGAGCACUACAGCCCUGACUGCGAAGUGCCAAUGCCCGAUCAGCCUCAGGCCCAGGACCCCAACACAGAUGAAUAUAACACAGAGGACAGCUACUAUUAUGAAUACCCUUACUAUGAGGACGUGGAUGGCAAGCCUUACGAAUCAACCGGCGAUACAGAGACCACAAAAGAAGUCAAGGUGACAGGAUCAGAUGGAGACACAGUGGUGACCUCAGUGGAGGAGGCUCUGAGCGGCACUGGUAGUGGCAUCGACCGCAAAGUCCUGACUGCCAUCUCCACGAGCUCAUCCGCUGGCUCAUCCGCUGGUUCAUCCACUGGCUCAUCAGCAGGCUCAUCCGCUGGCUCGUCUGCCGGCUCGUCCAGCAGCUCAUCGUCCAGCUCGUCCGGCACUGCUGCCGGGGGAGGGGACGCCUACGGAGAGGAGACCAGCUACGACGGCUACGAUAACUACGGGACCUACUACGACGAGGCCACGGCGACACCGGACGAUGACAAUACCCGACGCGUUACCGUCACCAGCAUCGGCACCGGGGGUGAGCUGGAUCUGGGCGCAGGCGGAAAGAUCGACUUGAGCACAGGGGACGCCAUCGAAAGUAGCGUGAUCACCAGGGGAACUGCAGGCGCUACGACCGUCAUCGCCAAUGGGACAGCAGUCGAAACCUCCUACGAUAACUAUGGCGAUGGAUAUGAAUAUAAUGUGGACGAUUACAACACUGGUGGAGGUGGCAGCAGCCGUACAGGGAUCCUCGAUGGUGGUGACGGAGGCACCAGCAGCAGCAGUAGCACUGUAAAUAUCGGUGGUGGAGGAGGCGGAAGCAGCAGCACAGUCCUUGCCAGUGGUGGCGGCGGCGGCGGAAGCAGCAGCAGCUCUGUGCAGAUCGGUGCCGGCGGGGGCAGCAGCAGCUCCACCAUCAACAUUGGAGGUGGCUCUGCUGGAGGAAGCUCUGUCUCUGUGGGAGGAUCUUCCGCUGCUGGAGGCGGAUCAGCCAGCGCGGGCACUGGAGCUGGGGGAUCCAUCGCCACCGGAAAAGGCCUUGGCGUUGAGGGUGAAGGAGACUACACAGACCAAGAUGAGUUCACGGAGGAGCACAUCAGCGACUAUGAUUUGGACAACUAUGACACCAAUGCCUAUGGCGACCUGGAUUACGAGAAAGGGCGCAAGCUGCCUGCUGAGACCGAUGAGUAUUACGGACAGGUCGAUGGAGCGCGUGGCGAGAAGGGACAGAAGGGAGAGCCUGCUGUUAUUGAGCCUGGAAUGUUGGUGGAGGGUCCGCCUGGGCCUGAAGGGCCAACAGGCCUGCCAGGACCCCCGGGUUCCUCUGGCUCACCAGGCAGUCCUGGAGAUGUUGGAGAGAGGGGUCCUCCGGGUCGUUCCGGUCUCCCUGGUGCUGAUGGUCUGCCAGGACCCCCUGGCACUGUCUUGAUGCUGCCUUUCAGAUUCAGCUCUGGAGGUGACUCCGGACAGAAGGGACCUGCUGUAUCAGCACAGGAAUCCCAGAUGCAAGCGAUCAUGCAGCAGGCCAGGUUGGCGAUGCGUGGCCCUACAGGUCCAAUGGGUCUGACUGGCAGAAGCGGACCCCUGGGUCCGCCAGGUGUAUCAGGACUGAAGGGAGAGUCUGGAGAGGCAGGACCCCAGGGACCUCGUGGGCCAAUGGGAUCCCUUGGACCCAAUGGAAAGCCUGGCAGAAGGGGUCGCUCUGGAGCCGAUGGUGCUAGAGGCAUGCCUGGACAGCCUGGAACCAAGGGAGACAGAGGGUUCGAUGGUCUGGCUGGUCUGCCUGGUGAAAAAGGACACAGAGGUGAAUCUGGCCCGUCCGGACCUCCUGGAGCUCAUGGCGAGGAUGGAGAGAGGGGAGAUGAUGGAGAGAUCGGACCCAGGGGGCUUCCUGGUGAACCAGGGCCCCGUGGUUUGCUCGGACCGAAGGGACCUCAGGGAACUUCCGGACCCCCUGGUGUCACUGGAAUGGAUGGUCACUCUGGACCCAAAGGAAACAUUGGACCUCAAGGCGAGCCAGGACCUCCUGGACAGCAAGGCAACCCAGGUACCCAGGGACUUGCAGGCCCGCAGGGAGCCAUCGGGCCCCCAGGAGAUAAGGGUCCUACUGGAAAGCCAGGCUUGCCAGGAAUGCCAGGAGCUGAUGGUCCACCGGGUCACCCUGGAAAGGAGGGGCCUAAUGGAGACAAAGGACACAUGGGCCCUGCAGGACCUCAAGGACCCAUUGGUUAUCCUGGGCCCCGAGGCGUGAAGGGAGCCGAUGGUGUACGCGGCCUUAAAGGACACAAGGGUGAAAAGGGAGAAGAUGGCUUCCCGGGCUUCAAGGGAGAUAUGGGUCUCAAGGGUGACAGGGGAGAGCUCGGACCAGCAGGAUCCAGAGGAGAAGAUGGUCCAGAGGGGCCGAAGGGUCGCUCAGGUCUCCCAGGAGAUGCUGGUCCUCUUGGAACUACUGGAGAGAAGGGUAAACUUGGAGUUCCUGGGUUACCAGGAUAUCCAGGAAGACAAGGACCAAAGGGAUCUCAGGGUUUCCAAGGCUUCCCUGGCGCCAAUGGAGAGAAAGGAACUCGGGGUACAGCAGGGAAGGCUGGCCCACGCGGACAGAGAGGACCAACGGGGCCACGAGGAGAGAGAGGCCCAAGAGGACCAACAGGAAAAGCUGGACCAAAGGGUACCUCAGGAAAUGAUGGGCCAUCAGGACCUCCCGGUGAGAGGGGUCUGCCAGGGCCUCAGGGACCAACAGGUUUCCCAGGACCAAAGGGUCCCCCAGGACCUGCAGGGAAAGACGGACUGCCUGGACAUCCCGGACAGAGAGGAGAGACUGGAUUCCAAGGCAAGACUGGCCCUCCUGGUCCUCCAGGGGUGGUUGGACCUCAGGGACCAACAGGUGAAACUGGACCAAUGGGAGAUCGGGGCCACCCUGGACCCCCAGGCCCACCUGGUGAGCAGGGUCUUCCUGGAUCUGCAGGGAAAGAAGGAGCCAAGGGUGAUCCUGGCCCUGCUGGCCCAGCGGGUAAGGAUGGUCCUCCUGGGCCACGAGGUUUCCCCGGAGAGAGAGGUCUUCCAGGCCCAGUGGGGGCUCAUGGCCUGAAAGGGAAUGAGGGUCCUCACGGCCCACCUGGCCCUGCUGGUUCUCCUGGUGAACGUGGUCCUUCUGGCCCAGCUGGACCCAGUGGCCUUCCUGGACGUCCAGGCCCCCAGGGACCUCCAGGCCCUUCUGGAGAGAAAGGUGGACCGGGAGAGAAAGGACCUCAAGGACCAGCUGGAAGAGACGGUAUUCAGGGACCUGUGGGUCUGCCAGGACCUGGAGGACCUCCUGGACCACCUGGAGAGGAUGGAGACAAGGGAGAGCUCGGAGAGUCGGGCCAGAAAGGAGGCAAGGGUGACAAAGGAGAACAUGGCCCACCCGGUCCCACCGGCCCUCAAGGACCUGUCGGAGCUCCCGGUCCUGCAGGUGCAGAUGGUGAGCCUGGUCCCAGAGGUCAGCAGGGUCUGUUCGGCCAGAAGGGAGACGAAGGAUCAAGAGGAUUCCCUGGACCUCCAGGCCCAGUCGGACUGCAGGGUUUGCCUGGACCUCCUGGUGAGAAAGGUGAAACUGGAGACGUUGGACAAUUGGGUCCACCUGGCCCCCCUGGUCCCAGAGGCCCCUCAGGCCCCCCUGGAGCUGACGGCCCACAGGGACCUCCUGGCGGUAUUGGAAACCCUGGUGCUGUUGGAGAAAAGGGAGAUUCAGGUGAAACAGGAGAACCAGGUCUUCAGGGAGAAGUUGGCCCACCAGGUUCAAGAGGAGAACGGGGAGAAAAGGGAGAGGGUGGUCCGGCUGGUGCAGGUGGACCUCCUGGCCCCAAGGGCCCCCCCGGAGACGAUGGUCCUAAAGGCAGCCCAGGUCCAAGUGGUUUCCCUGGAGACCCCGGCCCUCCUGGAGAGACUGGUCCUGCUGGGUUAGAUGGUCCAUCUGGUGACAAAGGAGAUGAUGGAGAGGCUGGUCAGCCUGGAUCACCUGGACCCACUGGAGAGUCUGGUCCCUCUGGACCACCAGGAAAAAGAGGCCCCCAUGGAGCAACAGGACCUGAGGGAAGACAAGGAGAGAAAGGAACCAAGGGAGAGUCUGGUAUGGAAGGUUCCCAAGGUAAAACGGGCCCCGUUGGUCCUCAAGGAUCACCUGGCAAGCCUGGUUCUGAAGGUCUCAGGGGUAUCCCCGGCCCAGUGGGAGAGCAAGGUCUUCCUGGUCCUUCAGGCCCAGAUGGACCUCCUGGUCCUAUGGGCCCUCCUGGUUUGCCAGGUUUGAAAGGAGACUCAGGUGUCAAAGGAGAAAAGGGACAUCCGGGUCUCAUUGGUCUUAUCGGACCCCCAGGUGAACAGGGAGAGAAGGGUGACAGGGGUCUUCCUGGUCCUCCAGGAACCCAUGGUCCCAAAGGAGACAACGGUAUUGCUGGUCCCUCAGGUCCCCUCGGUCCCCUGGGUCCUCCUGGAUUACCUGGUCCUCCUGGUCCCAAAGGAGCUAAAGGUUCAUCGGGUCAAACUGGACCAAAAGGAGAGACUGGUACACCUGGACAUCCUGGCCCUCCUGGUCCUCCUGGCGAUGUCAUCCACCCGCUCCCCAUGCACGCUCCCAUGAAGGGCCGAGUGCGCAGGAACAUCGACGCCAGCCAGAUGAUGGAUGACGCCGCUGUGGACGCCAACUACAAGGACUACGACGACGGCAUGGAGGAGAUCUUUGGCUCGCUCAACUCCCUGAAACUGGAGAUCGAGCAGAUGAAGCACCCACUUGGCACACAGGCCAACCCCGCUCGCACCUGCAAGGAUCUGCAGCUCUGCCACUCUGAUUUCCCAGAUGGAGAGUACUGGAUUGAUCCAAACCAAGGGUGUGCUCGGGACUCCUUCAAGGUUUACUGCAACUUCACAGCAGGUGGAGAGAGCUGCAUCUUCCCUGACAAGAAGUCUGAAGGGAGCAAAAUGGCAAAAUGGCCCAAAGACUCGCCAGGCACAUGGUAUAGUCACUACAAAAGAGGUUCCCUGCUCUCCUACGUGGACGCCGAGGGCAACCUCAUCGGCCCGGUCCAGAUGACCUUCCUGCGGUUGCUGAGCGCAGCAGCCAGACAGAACAUUACGUACAACUGCUACCAGUCGGUGGCCUGGCACGACCAGGAUCAAGACAACUACGACAAGGCUGUUCGUUUCCUCGGCUCCAACGAUGAAGAGAUGUCGUACGAUAACAACCCCUACAUCCGCGCCGUGGUCGAUGGCUGUGCGUUGAAAAAGGGAUACGAAAAGACCGUACUCGAGAUCAACACGCCCAAGGUGGAGCAGGUGCCGUUUGUGGACCUCAUGUUCAACGACUUUGGCGGCUCCACGCAGAAGUUCGGAUUUGAAGUGGGCCCCGUCUGUUUCAUCGGCUAAGACUGUUUACUGAGCAAAUGGAGAAAAAGAAAAGCAUAUUUUGUUUUCUCGGAAAAAAACAUUUGAAAAAGAAAAAGGACAAUUCUAUUUGUAAAAAAAAAAUAAGAAAAAAAAUGUCAACUUUUUUUUCCAUAAAGCAACAAGAGUAAAAAUGAAAUCAAGUUGAGGAUGCAGUGAAAUUCUUUUAGGAAUAGAGGAAAAACGAAACAACCUCAGUGGGCCUUCUCCAUCACAUGCAAGUUUUGAAUCUGGAUGUCAGAUCCUGCCUCCUACGCCACAUGCUCACGCAGACACACACCUAGCCCAUCACUUGAUUUAGACUUCCUGGUCCCAAACAACGGAGGUGACCCUGAGAGCUGCAGCAUUCCAGACGAGUGCAGUUUUUUUGCCAUGGACUCCAUCUGAUUUGGCUUUUUUUCCCCCUCAUCUUUGGUUCUGAUCUCUUCUUCCUUCAUCUCCCUGGCUUCUUCCACUCUUUGUUGGGAUUGUUUUUUGCUCUUUCACUACUAGGAGCUCUUGCUUGUGCAUAAUUGUCCCCUCCAUUCUUUUGGAAUGGAUCCUCUAUAUAGAUAUAUAUAUAUAUAUAUAUAAAUAUAUAUAUAAAUAAUUGUUAUGUUUGUAAGUACAUUCUGUAUAUUUUUUCCUGGUAAUGUUUAUUGCAUCUGGCUUCAAAACGUGCAUGUGACGUUAUUAAUUGUAGAGGUAGGAGGAGUAAGAGAUAAUAGAUACAGGGGUAACACCUACAAUUGCAGAGAUAUUGAAAGCGAGGAAAUUAGACUUGUAAAUUGAAAAAAACUAGGAUAAAAACUAAUUGGGAAGUCCUGUCUUGUUGUGGAGCACAUCUUGUUGUAAUUUAAGAACACAAUGGAAAUAAAAAGAAGACGAAAACAAGCUCUGUGAUAUUAUGUGACAGUUGAUUUGCAGAACUAAUGAAAAUAAAUAAUACAUUCCUCCUUCUGUGCCCUCGGAACAAACCACCUACCUUGGUGGCAAAUAUCAUUAAUUUAAUAAACGGCUUCUAUUUUCCUUUUCCUGAAAUACUCAUCUGACUAUGCAAUGGGAGAUGAUGUCACAUUUGAAUGGAAACAACAAUCAAAGAACCCUGGUGCUAUUUUUCCUCUCGUCUGUGGUGCUAUGUAUUUUUCGAGUUUGUGUUUGUUUGAAUGGAAGGAAAUUUGUGGCAAUGAUACUCUGUCACCAGCAGCCCCUUGACUCGUAACCACCACAGUGGACACAGGUGGAUCUGAGCUGCAUCCAUUUUUUUAUGUUUAGUGUCCAGCAGUGGUGUUUGCAUGCUAUUUCCCCUGCUCGCAGAUCAGUGCAGCAUGGCGGCGUUAUGUUGCUUUGGCGGACCGCGCACAUGGAAAAUAUGUCUUGAACCAAAUGUUGGGGUGAGAAAAAAGGAAACCAAGAUGGUGCUGUUGGCUUUGUUGCUGCGUGUUUGCCUCUCGCUGCUGUCGGGUCAUCUGUGCCUCAUCAAACGGAUGGAGUUGACGAGUGGGAAAUGUUGCAAUGGGCGUGCAAAAGGGGUUAUGGUCCAAUGUCUUGUAUGGGGUAUGAAACUCAACCCUUCCAAAGGUUAUCUCAUAUUUAGCUUAAACAGGCUUGAAUUUUUCCUUAUUUUCUUUGUUUUGUAUGGGAUUGUUUUUCUUGAUUUAUCCACAGUAGAGGCAGGUAAUGAAAUCAGCCAGAUUAAGCAGUUUGCUCCUGCAGCGUCAGAAAAUGUCUUGUUGGUCUUUUAUUUUUGCCCUAAUUGUAAUUAUGCUCUUUGUUCAAACUAUGCACUCUCUUUGCUUAUGACCACUAAGUAUCUACCACAGAAUUUUUUUACGGCCCUUAAUACAUAGAUUUGUUUCCUCUUUGUUUUUAAAUCUUCAAAUAUGUGACUUGAACCAUUUUCUGUCAAGACAACUCAAUAUGCUUGUAGAUCCCUGGCUUUAUCUUUUCAUCGUCAUGCAGUACGCCCAAAUUUUAAAACACUGCUCUCAACGUAGAAGACAAACAAUUUCUUGUAAAUUUCCAGAACCAGCAGAAAUGCUUCCAUUGUUUUUGUUUUGUAGAUUGUCCGUUUUUGUCCGUCUUUGUCGCGUUUGUUUUUCACAGUCUUGUCGAAACCUGUGUAAGGAUAAGAGGAUAGAAGAUAUAUUGGUUUUUAUGUCAAUAAAUUCAAGUUUACUGUG